AUGCCUCGACCUCCAUACCCGCCUAUGUCCUACCAUACGCCACAGUCCAACUCGCCAGCCUCUGUCGCAUCACCUUCCGGCCACGAUCAGCAGCGGAGCAUGUACGCACAACCGACAUCCCAGCUUCACCAGCAGUCCAUGUACUAUGGCCAGCAGGCGCAGUACCCGCCGAUGCCCACGCAGGCGCAAGCCUCGCCAUACGGCCAGCACCCACAGCAGUCGCACCAGAACAUGACCUCGCAACCGAGCAUGAUGAUGUCGCACAACAAUGCCGCACAGCACCAGAUGAGCCAACAUGGCCACGCCACACAACACGCUCAACAGGGCAUGACUGGUAGCCCGAGGCAUCCCAAAAUCGAGGCCCACAGCAUGCCGCCCCAACUACAGCGCCCAGGCCAGCCGUCGCCCAUGUCUCAACCGUCAAUGCAGCAGCAACCGCCAAUGGGCCAGCAGCAGUCACCUAUGGGCCAGCAGCAGAGCGCCCAGAAUGGUGCGCCCAUGCAGAACGCGCAGGGCGUUGGAAGCGGCGCAUCGGCGGUUAACCCCAACGCGGCUCCUGGCCCCAUCCCGGCUACUACUCCCUUGGUUGUGCGACAAGACCAGAACGGUGUUCAAUGGAUUGCGUUCGAGUACUCACGUGACCGCGUCAAGAUGGAGUACACCAUCAGGUGCGAUGUCGAGUCGGUAAACACCGAGGAGCUGUCCCCCGAGUUCAAGACGGACAACUGCGUGUACCCCAGGGCAUGCGUGUCCAAGGACCAGUACAGGGGCAACAGGCUGCAGUAUGAGACGGAGUGCAACACAGUGGGCUGGGCGCUGGCAGAGCUGAACCCGCCUCUGCGAGGCAAGCGGGGUCUGAUCCAAAGGGCGGUGGACAGCUGGCGCAACAGCAACCAGGACCCCAGGCUACGGAGCCGGCGCGUGCGGCGUAUGGCUAAGAUGACGAACCGGUCCAAGAUGAACCCGCAGCCCGCUGGUGGCCACAUGCCCGCCGGCCCCGGCGGACCGCCAGGGAUGUCGGCUGCUCCAGGCUCCAUGGGCCCCGGUGGUGCUGGCAUGGGCAAGCCCGGCAUGAACAGCAUGGGCCAGAUGCAACACCACCACCACGCCCACGCCGACGGAAGUGGUCAGGGGAGCGGAGAAGAAGUCGGCGAUGGAGACUCCUUUUCGGAUGACCAACAUCACCACCACCACCACCAGGCCCCCACCCAGGCGGGGUCGCAGGACGACGUCCGCCAUAGCCAGACCUUCAGUGGCUACGGGGGCUACUCGGGCAACGCGCCGUCCGGGUCGUCGUCGAUACCGUCCAUCCACGACACCCUCCACCACGGCGGCGGCGGCGGCGGCGGUAGCAGCAGCGCCGUCGCCGCGGCCCGCCGCCACAGCCGGGCCGACGACGAGCCCGAGGACCUGUUCCCGGACAUCCCCGAGGCCAAGAAGCGCAAGUUCAUCCUGGUCGAGGACAGCGACCGGCAGUCGCGGCUGCGGGUGCGCGUGACGCUCGACGGCGUCGACACGCGCGAGAUACCCGACAGCUUUCGCAAGAACAGCUCCGUCUACCCUCGCUCCUACUUCCCGCGCGAGAUGCAGAGCCCGCCGCCGAGCCCGACGGGCUCCAAGUUCUUCGUCGACGACCUGGGCGGCGCCGAUGAUGGUGCUGCGGCCGACGACGACGGCACCACCGACACCGAGGGCCGGCGGGCGUCGAGGGGCGCCUCGUCGGGGGCCCGCGGCCGGUCCAUGGUCAAGGUACCCAUGUCGGACGGCACCGAGGGCGAGGUGGCCAUCCCGAGGAUGCGCCGCGUCUUUCGCGGCAAGGAGGUGCGCCUCAACGACCUCGGCUUCCGCAUGGCGUGGCUGCAGAGCCGCGUCUUUGCCGGCCGGACCAUCUUCCUCCAGCGUGCCCUCGACUGCUACCGCAAUAAGACCCGUACCGCCAUCGAGUCGCUCAUGCAGGACGUCAAGACGGUCAGCCCGCACUUCGAGACUCGCGUGGGCAAGCGCAAGUGGAACGAGAGGAUGCGCCGCAGCGAGAAGAAGGACGAUACCGAGUCGUCCUGAGCUCGGGUUGGCCUCUUCCUUCCGCGUCUCCUCUGCGACAUUAUGUCCGGCUCACCUGGACGUGUACACAUACCUCGAGCCAUCUACUCUGGCCCCGGGACUCACUCCUUCUCUAGCCCUCUCUCUUCUCCCACAUCCUCUCCUUGUCAGCAUCUUGUCCGAGCUGAGCGGUUUCGCAUCUUGUGUGCUUUUCCAGAGCCAUAUGUGUGGUGUCAUGUCGGUGUCCCAUGUUUUCUGCGCCUUGUCCCUCCUUUGCUCGCAUCAAUCAUUUGUGGGUUGGCAGCGCUUUUUUCUUCUCCUCAUUCUCUCUUUUAUGUUCCAUGUUGUCCUGGUGUUUGCACGGAUCUCCUUACUUUGUUUGCUUUCCUUCCUCUUUUCAAAUUUCCCCUUCCUUUCUCGACGUCCUGUGUAUGCCUCUCCUUCCUCUACGCUUUGAUAUCCCCACGACGUUUGGUAGGGUUGGGCAAGGCAUGAAGGGAAAAAAAGUCAUCUAAAUGUGUGAAAAGGGGGGGAUAUAAAAACAUGAUCGGUUUGUGUGUGGGUUGGUUGUUCACGGGGCGCUUUUCCUUGUGCUUUUUUUUUGUUCGUUUUGGCUUCCUUUUACUUUUUUCCGACCUCACUUGCCCUACAAUUUCAUUUUUUCUCGACCCUUUCUUGUCCUUCUCUUGCCAUCUUCUGUUGGCCUUUAGACCUUUGUGGUGCUUGGGUUGGUUGGUUGGUUGGUCGGUCCUGUGGUUUGGUUGGCAAUGAUGGAUUGGUGGUGGCCUUUGGCAAAUGGCAGGAAUGGCAGAUAGACUUGACACGUUUUCUCUGGUUUUGGAGUCUUCUUUCCUUUCUCAUUCUCAUCUUCUCUUUCCUGUCUCCUUUAACUCUUGUUGUCUCCUCUUUCUAGAUGGUUGCAGUUCCUCACCGAGCAUAUAUCACGCCGAGGGCUUGCAAGGAUGCAUACAUCCAUCCCCCUCUCACGAACCCCGACGCACUCGCCAUCUUCUCCUGCAGGGCUCUCCCGGUGCUUGCGGAGAGGUGGCCGUGGCGCCGGGUGCCGCCCUGCGAUGCGCGCCUCUUUUUUUGGCACACCUCAAGGGAUUUGGAUAACCUAUGUACCUGUCGGUGCAUUUCCGUUCGCGGCACUCAUGGGCAUCCUUUCCCUUUUCCCCAAGAUAACUCUCUCAAAUACGUACAACCAUUCUUCGGUGGUACAUACCUGCAG